CUUUUAAAACUUUUAUAUUACGUUGUCUACCAAAGCGAACUUAGUGUUGUUUGAGCUGUUAGUGGAGACCUACGUUAUCAAUAACAACAGCAAUGUAUUGUAUAAUAGUGACUUUAAUAGCUCUUGCUUACGUCUUCUGGGAUGUCAACUACUUUUUAAGGAUUGCUUUCACAAUUGGAAUCGGAAGACUGUUCCAAAAGAAAUGCGGUGUUAAUGAUACGACCACUAUUUACGGUUUCUGCACAACACAAGAUGUAGAUAUCUUCCUGAGACACAUGAACAAUGCUCGCUAUGUACGAGAGUUGGACUUUGCGAGAUUCCAUUUCUACGACCGCACUGGCAUUUACGCUAACAUCAAGGCAGUCGAUGGUCACGCACUGCAGGGUGCGUCUAGCAUCCGUUACAGGAGAACCAUCCCUAUUUUUAGUGCUUAUAAGGUCGAAACUAAGCUGGCUUACUGGGAAGACAAAACGUUGUUCAUUGAACAAAAGUUCAUCACUUUGAGCGAUGGCUUCGUGCGUGCUGUAGUCAUGUCACGGCAGAACCUCAUCAAUGUAGACGCUGACACACUGUUCCGAGGGAUCCCUGGAGCUGACCAGAAACCCGAGUGCCCCGAGGAAAUCAAACAUUGGCUCCAAGCCAUCGAAAUCUCCAGCGCUAAACUCAGAAAGAAGGAUUAGUGCUACUAUAUUAUCUUGUUAUUAGUUUGACACUAUUUUUAUGAAUGUUUGUUUUACUUAUAAAUGUGUAAAUGCAAAAAUAAAGGUUGUGGUUCCUUAAACA